AUGAAUGAGAGAACGUUCGAGAUAGCUAAAAAUUUGCAUUUAAAUUGGUACAUCUAUGCGAUUAAAGCAUUACUUGGACAAGUUGGCAAGCAGAUGUAUCGCCAAUUAACUGAAGAUAAGCAGAAAAUGUUGGCUUUGUGUCUGGAUCAAAUCAAGGAUGAUCACGACCUUGUAGCUGGUGCUAAAUGUUUGAUACAGGCACGACAUAAGGCACAUUUCAGCACUUGUGGACAAGAUUUUAAGCAUGAUCGAGGAGCUGAUAAGUCAUCUGAUACACCGGCUUUUAUUACAUCCAGUGAUUUUGAGGAAGAGGAGUUUCUGAAAAAUCAUGAUUGUGAAAGAAAAAAAGUUAAAAAGUACCAUAGGAUGAGCACAAGGGGGAAAACUUCUUAUCCCUCACAUUUAGGAUCUGAAAAUAAGUUCUCUAAGCGAGAUCCAGCCGAAGCUUCCAUUCAGUUUUCGAGAUUUUCUAAUAUUCUACAUCUCACUCAUGUGAAGAAUUUUACUCCACAUAAUUUCAACACUUUCGAACAUUUAUCUCGUCCUAUACCACUUUCUGACUCACCUAAUCAACAAAAAUUACGGAUGUCCAGAGAGGUAUACUUGAACCGAUUGCUGCUACCUAUUGAUAGGGAAUCAGGAGAUAUUCAUUUGACGCCAAGAAAGAAUUUGACAAGAAAAAAUGGAAGUUUCGAAACUUCGUACUUAAUUGAAAAUGAAAUUAGACGAACUACAAAACUUGUUGGACAGUCCUCCAAUUCUUUACAUUACGAGAAAGGCAAAAGUACAAGAUCAAAAAGAAAAAAUUCAGAAAAAUCAGAAUUGGUCACAAAUAUAAAUCUUCCAGCAAAGUCCAAAAAUUUUCGAAAAAGUGACGAGUAUUACUCUAUAUUUAACAGUUCAUCUGAACGAAGCGAGGAAUUAUAUUUGGAUUCUGUUCAGUCGAAAAUUCGGAAAAAAAAGCUAUGGCAGCGAUGGCGUCGCUCUUAUCGACUUAUCACAAAUCAUGUUAUGAAAAGCGACCAUCUAAUUGUCGAUGCGAGUGAUUUGCAAUUUGUCACACUGUCUAUAUCAUUCAUAUCAUUCCAGCUUAUCAGUAAAGCGAAACAAGUUGCUAAAAUGCCAGCGAUGCAUGAUUCGACUGUUAAGAAAACUCCCAUACAACAAGUAAAUAUUUCACAUGACUAG